CUCCUGGAUCCAUGGAAAUGGGGUCACCUCCAGCCCCCUCGGAUGACACAAAAAUAACAGACCACAUUAGUGUGCAGAUACGCCACGCCUUUGUCCGCAAGGUUUUGGGCAUUCUCGCCGUGCAGAUCCUCUUCACCUUCGGUAUCGCCUCCGUCUUCGGCUUCGUUCCAACGCUAAGGACUUUUCUGCUGCAGAACUAUUGGCUGGCAAUCGUUGCUGCAGUGUGCGGCUUGGUGCUGCAGCUGGUGCUGGUUUGUGUGCCGGACUUGGCGCGGAAAGUCCCAGUGAACUUUAUUCUCAUGACUCUUAUAACUGCUUGCUACGCCGUUCUUAUUUCCUGUGCUGCUGCUGCUUCUUCUUGGGAGAGUUUCUUAAUUGCCAUCGGCUCCACCUUCGUAGUCGUCGUUGGCCUGAUGCUCUUCGCCUGCCAAACCAAAUACGACUUCACAGGCUGCGGCACUUACUUGUUCGUGGCGGUGCUGUGCCUCAUGAUCUUCGGCAUCUUGAGCAUUUUCUUUCACAAUAAAAUUGUUCAUCUUGUUUACUCGAGCAUCGCCACAGUUUUGUUUUGCAUGAUUUUGGUCUACGACACGCAGCUGGUGGUUGGGGGGAAGCACCGGCGCUACCAGUACUCCGUGGACGACUACAUCUUUGCGGCGCUGACUCUUUACAUGGACAUUAUAAUUAUAUUUAUGAACAUUCUGGCAAUAGCAGACAACUCUUGA